UAUUGACGUCAGAUCCGAUAAACAUGGCUGCCGCCACGAGACUCGGACCAAAGACGAACCUUCUGGUUCAUCUGCUUAUUUUUAGCUGGUAUGUUUUCACGAUCUGGAGUAACUGUACGCUGCAGACCUCAGACAGACACCCUGGCGUGCGCUCAUACGGAGGACGCUGGAAAUACCUGACUUUUAUUAAUCUGGUGUCGCACGCGGUGUUUUUUGGCCUGUGCGUGCUGGUGGACGCGGUUCACAGCGCUGUGUCUGUCAAACAGAGCCGCAGCGGGACUCCUCUGCUCCUCACCAAAGCCAGGGACUUUUACUUCACCGCCCUGGCGUUUCCGGUCGGCACGUUUGUGUUCGUUUCUUUCUGGACUCUCUACACUUACAACAGAGAGCUGGUGUACCCUAAACUAUUAGACGAGAUCAUUCCCAUCUGGCUGAAUCAUGCAAUGCACACUUUUAUCAUGCCGCUGCUGCUGCUGCAGAUGUUUCUUCAGAAUCACAGAUAUCCCAGUCGCGUGAAGGGGAUCUUCAGUCUGGCUUUAUUUGCCGCCCUCUAUCUGUCGUGGGUGCUGUGGGUGCGCCACGCGUCAGGGAUUUGGGUGUAUCCUAUCAUGGCUCACUUGAGUCCCGUGGGCUUGUGUAUUUUCCUCGGAGGCGCGUCGCUCAGCAUGGCUCCUCUUUACCUGUUAGGAGAGAAGCUCAGCUUCAUGAUGUGGAGCGGCACAGGGAAUCAGAAGAGGAAAAAGAAGUAGACGUCUACUGGAAUCCACAUUAACCGUGUGGAGCUCAAACCAGGCCAAACAACAGGUUUUUAUAGGCAUGAAGCAACGGUAGCAUUGUUGUAUUUUAUACAAGAGGGGCUUAAUUGGCCCUAGCAUACAAACAGAAAGAAACUAGCAUACCUACUGAACACAUGGUAUGCAUUUAUACUAAUUGUGCUGAUAUUUUAUUUAGUUUUUCUCCUAAUUGUGACACUGAUGAAAAUGCUUUUUUUUUUUUUUUUUCUUUAAUGAUCAUAUUUUUUAUUAUUUUAGAGUUGUGAAAUGCUGUAAUAUCCCAGAAUGCUGUUGUUCAUUGAUUAAGGGACAGUCAGUACUGAUCACUUUCUGGCGACCAAUCUUUUGCUGAUAUAAAAAAAAAAGAAAUCCGCUGUAGUUUGUGUCGGUGUCAAGCCAUGUAAAUGUGUCACGCGAUGUGUCGGAGGGCUUUCUCAGUGACACACUUUACCUGCAUGAACUUGGGUAAUCUCACCAGUGAAGCCCUUAAUGUGAUUUUCCGGCUUUGCCCAGAGUUUGAUGAUGGACUUUAUUGGAAACAAGUAAACCUUAGUAAUCUGUGUCCUCGCUGUGACACACGUCUGAUUCACAUCCAGAGAAACGACUCUGCAUUCAUUCCUUCUUUGAGCCCUUUCUAUGGACAUUUCAUGAUAACUGAGUAUGUUUGCUAAUUCUAUUGUUGUGGAGCAUAAUGGAGUGCUUUACUGUGAUCACGAUGACUUUCCUCUUUAUUUCAACGUGUGUGUAAAACAGAUGGCUGUUCAGGUUAACGGAGAGGACAGAUCCGUUUGCUGAGACCAAUGUAAUUCCUGCAUUCCUGAUUAUAAUAGCACUUGUGAAGAAUAUGAUGCACUGACAUUAAAAUGUCAUCGGUGGCACUUAAAAAGGGCCAAUGAGCGUUAUUGGUUUGCACAAUGUAAUGAUUAUUAUUGCCAACUAUAAACAAUAAAACCUCUGUUGUUUUACUUGUUUAAA